AUGCCAACGCCUAUACCACUACCCGCAACACACGAAACCACCAUAGCAUCAAAAAUCAAAUCUUACGCGAAUGUAACAAAAAACCAAACAGAAAAGACCGAACCCACAAUAAACGCAUCCAAGCUCCUACAAAUAAUCAAAGACCUCCUUACAACAACUCAAGAAAGUGAAGACAUCAAAAAAGACAUCAAAAAAUGCAGUCAUCACAACAGUCCUGAGAAUCAUAAACCAUCCCUACAUCCCAUGAUGAAUGACCUAAAAAUCUUAUCAUGGAACUGA